AUGGAAGUCGUUGCAGGCGAACGGUGGUUUGCGCUGAAUAGUUCACGCCUGAGAAGAUCCGAGAGAAAGGCCUAUUGGUGGCAUAGGUAUUAUGCUUUUCUGUCGUCACAAACUGUUUGUGUAUUUUACCCUGUUAGUAAGAGGGAAGGUUUAUGGUAUGAUGAGUAG